AGAAGAACCAGUUUUCUACAGGUUACGGGUGUUCUCAGUUUUGUCAUUUAUGUAUAAAACUUGUGUUUAAACAUUUAAGGUCACACAAGAUAGAGGUUUAACAAUUGUAAUAUCAUAGAAUACAGGAGCCAACAGGAUUUUGUAUUUUUGUUUUUUGAUUAAACUCUUGCUUAUGGAUUUCUGACUGACUUCUGUGAAGAGUAACUCGAGGAGAACAUAAAAGGUGACAUAAGUAUGACAUCUGAAGUGAGUGGUAAGCAAGAGCUUGAUAUCCUCAGAAAGAUUCUGAGUGAACAAUCAAACCCUGAGGACCUUGACAAGGCUGCUGAGGUGUUGAAAAGAUGGGGCAAACUGAACAGUGUUACCAUAGACAAUGAAGAAGGCAGCUUCCCUCAAAACUGGCUCUGUGAGUGUCUUCAAGAAAUAGAUCAGUUUGUGGAAAACCACAUUCCCACGCUGCCAGUAGAGGGACCACAAGGAUCUCAGUCAGAGCAGUUACACGACUUUCUAAAGAGCACACACACCGUGAUAUGCCAUGAGGUGGUUCGAUUAACACCUGUACUGGAAGAUACUGGGCUGCUAGAUCAUCUGAUUGACAGUUACAGCCGUCACCUCUUUCUCAAGUUGGACCUGCUCCUAAACAGAGAUCUGUCUGUGAAAGAGACCUUCUGCCUUUUACAGUGGGGGAAAGAUGUUUUCUUCAGUUCAGACUCAAAACUGAAAGUGUAUGACCUGCUGCUUUUGACAGGAUGGUUUGAGAGAGCUAAGCAGAAACUGCUUCAAAAACUUCAGAAUGACAUCUCUAGGACUUUACAGAACAUCCUGCACUAUGAUGAGGAACAUAAUGAGGAUUUAAUGGAUGAGGAAACGUUCAUAAGACUUCACAUAGAUGUCACUCAGUGCCUGAAUUGUGCUAUUUUAGAUGCUAAAAGUUUUGGUCUGACAUUUAUGCAUGCAGUACAAAUACUCUGUAGUAAAGAGCUGCAUGCGUUUGCUCAGAAGUAUGUGGAUACUGAGAAUAAAGGUCUAAAAAAACUAAAGUUCAUUGAGAAGAACUUUGUGUAUCUGUUUCGGAUUAUCUACACUUGUAUGGAACUCAGAUGUUGCGCUACGCAAAUCAGUCCAGAUAAAAUUAACAGCGAUGAUGUCUCAAGAACUACAUGCAUGCUACAGAAACUGGAAGAUAAGGCUUUAUCCAUUGUACAAAAGACCAUGAAAUGCUUAGCACAGGCCAAUUUAGAAAGUUAUUUCAAGAAAAAGUGUGUGGAUGUUGAUAUUCUGAUAGAGGCAAUCCAUAGGCAGCGUGCAUCUCUGCCUCCGAGGGCCUCAAAGAUCAAAAUGAUCAUUUUGAAAAUAGCUUACGACUGUGUUUCCAAAGUGUACCUGGAAUGCCUGAUGAAGACAAAGUUCAGAAAGCUAGAGAAGCUUUGGGGAAAUGUUAAGGACAAGAUAAAAGAGGAUGCUCAACAUUUACACAAAAAAUUCUCUGCACUGAAUAGCAGCGUUGCCCAGGAAAACCAACUCCUUCAGAGAAUGAGUGAAGUUUUGCUUUGCAGUGAUGUAGAUGCACUGAAGAUUACCUGUUGUGAUUUGUUCAGAGAUUUCCCACAUGAGAGUGAGCAGUAUGUACCUGGUCUGCUGCGCUGGAAAGAAGUGUUAUCAGAGCGACAGGUUAGGGAAAUAAUGGAUGUGAUCCGGGACCUGUAUCCAAAUCCUAGAAGUCAGAGUGUCACCACUUGCUCUUUCGGCUUUUCCUUAUUUUUUGGUAAAUAGCUUGCUAAAAAUAGAUGCCUCUUGACCUAUUAACAUCAUUGGCUUGAAUCAGUUUUAUAAAGUUCCCCCAAGCCAACUUUGCAUAUCUGAAAUGUUAUUGCUGCCCAAGGAUGUCAGAUGCUGAAAAUGAAGGUCAAUUUAAGAUUUGCUAACACCUUACAUUGGUGGUACCCCACAAGAUAUUAAAUUUAUUGACUUUAAGUAACUUUGCAAAUGCAAUAUAAACUUUUUCAGUAAACCUUUACCCUUGUUUAUGACAAACCCAAAUUCUAGAGUUGGUAAUGGUCAGAUAUGGAGAAUGUUCUCCAAACAUUGUGCUAUUUCUACCUUCUAGAAUUCAAAACUGAUCGGAUGUACAUUUUUUAAUAAUUUUAAUUUUUAAUUUCUUUCACACCUAUACAUAAUGCAGGCAUCAGAGCUACUCUAAUGACUUUAUCUCCCAGUCUGUCUGAAAUACUAAAAACACAAAAAAUGUAGCCUACUAUUUGUUGGUAUAGCCUAGGCCUUGCCUUAUUAUGUGCAAACUGUACACAAACUGGCACUGUUUCCUCCUGAUACUGUAUGUGUUUUAAAUAAUCCGAUCUGAAGUGUCCAAAUGGAAAUGCGGUUAAUUAACCCUGUAAAGCCUAAUAGUCAUAAGGUCAAACCGUUUUUUUAAAUGGAACAGUUUGUUAAGUAUCAUAUUUGAUACGUCAGCAUUUUAUUACUUAAAAAUAAGAGAAUAUAGAUCUCAUACUCAAUUAGGUAAAAAAAAAUAUUUGUUUUUAUUCAGAGGCCCAAACUGAGGGAAAAAAUGUGCGCAUAUGUAUAUGGCCAAAAAGUAAGAUAAAAUUCUGAGGUCUAAUAUUGAGGACCACAUAAAAUGCAUAUAGAUUUUACUCAAAACAUAUAAUGCAAAUGCAAUCCAAUGACAAUUGAGAGAUACCUGUUCCUCAAGAUCCUGAUGCAUCAUAUUUGAUUCUUGCAUUAUAAAUGUAAUGAUUAUGCUCAGUUUUGUUUCUGUUUGCCUGUGUUCCCUUUGCUAGUUUGUCUUCAUUGAUGUGUUUGAGUUCUCAUGUGUUCAUAUAGUUAUGUUAAUUAUCCCUGUGUGUGUUUAGGCUUUUGUUUCCUUCAUUCUAAUGUCUCAUAUUCUCAAUGUUAAUGUGGUUGCAUUUGAUUUAUUCUCCUGAGUGUUCCUCCUUUAUUUAUUAAAGACUGUUUUGUAAUGUAACUCCUCUGUCAUGUACGUUCACUACAGCCAUUCAUUGACAUUCACACGAUUCUUCUAAAAAAUGAUGUGAUUAAUCAAUAAAGCUAAGUUGCUUCA